UUGGCUGAUUCUAACGUCGUGACGUCCCGAGUCACAUGAAACGUUGCACAGCAGAUAUCUCUCCAUGUAGCCAUUUCUGUCGUUUUUGCAGCGACAUUCUCGCUGUUAGAACUGAAACUGCUCUGCAAUCUGCAGGAAGUUUACAGAAUCCAACAUGGACGAGGACGGGCUGCCGAUCGUUGGGUCUGGUGUCGAUCUCACCAAGGUCCCUGCUAUUCAACAGAGGAGAGUUGUUGCCUAUCUCAAUCAGUUUGUCGUGCACACGGUCCGGUUCCUUAACCGGUUUUCCACAGUAUGUGAAGAGAAACUUGCGAACAUAUCUCUCCGCAUACAGCAGAUUGAAACAACCCUGAGCAUUUUGGAAGCCAAGCUGUCCUCCAUACCCGGGCUGGAGGACGUCACAAUAGAUGGAAUCAGUCAGCGGCAACCUGCUCAGACGAAUGGACCCACUACCGCCAGUCAGAGCCAAGCAGACGGUCCACCAGCAGGGACCCUGCCUCCGCCAAAGCCCGCUCAGACUGCACCAGAGCCGGCAGCGACACCGAAAGCAGAAGCCUCUGCAGAGAAUGUCCUGACUGUGGCCAAGGACCCGCGUUAUGCCCGCUACCUGAAGAUGGUCCAAGUGGGAGUUCCAGUUAUGGCUAUAAAGAAUAAAAUGGUCCUGGAGGGUUUGGAUCCCAACUUGCUUGACACACCGGACGCCCCCGUGCCUGAUGGAGGAACGAGGAGCGCAGAGGAUCAGGACUCUGCUGCCACCAGCUCUGACAGCGAGUCGUCUUUCAGCGACUGACAUUUCCUCUGUCCCCCAUCACCCACACAGCUUCCUGUAAAGGCCACUCAUCGCUACUCUGAGCUUCUGUACACCUGUUCUGAGAAAGAGAAGUUGGUUGCAGUGUGCUUGUAAAGGAGCAUCAGCGUGAAGGUGCAAAUGUAAGUGCCUGAAACGGGGAAAACGCCAACCAGAGUGAUUGUAAUUUCAGUGUAAAAGCACUGAGAUUGUUUCGCUUACGGUUGGUCAGCGACCUCAAUUUUGAUACAUUUAGCAUUUUUGACAAAGAGGGAAUAAUUCCCCGUUGAGUAUUUUAGCAGUAGACCUCAAAACAUGGCAGUAGAAAGUCAUUUUUGUACAAAAAGUAAUUCUAUACUGCAAAAGUUAUUGUUCUUCUUCGAUUGUCACACUACUAUCACAGUGUAAUGCCUUUAAGAGAUACACUCAUCAGUUGAAAGUUAUUACAAAAAUGUAUGUUUGACACGUACAUUGUAACUCUGUGUGUUAAGCAAAGGGAGGAAAAAUACAAUAUACUUUCAGUUUUGAUGUACGGUAUAUCACAAUACCAGUUUAAUGGGAAGGGAAAUCACAUGUCGUUCAGCAUGUGAUGUUCCUUCCUAAAAUUCAGCCGUCACUGAAGUAUUUUGAUAGUUGCAGGAACAAAAACGACAGUAUAUUCAGUGUGAGGCCUCUGUUCUUUGUACUGUUCAUUUUAGACUACAUUCCAGUGACUUCAGAAAGUACUCUUAACAUUUUGAAAUUUGUUAUGCAUUUAAUUUCAUGGUUUUGUCCAUCAAUUUACACACAUUAAUGUCGCAGAAAUGACAUGUUAUUAGAAGUUUUUUGCAAACUUAUUAAGAACCUAAACUGAAAUCUGAAUACUUUGUGAAGCUGCUGCAAAACACCUGAUAUGACACAAUGAAAGACAAUAAAUGAUGAAUCGUAAUAUUUGAUCUGGCUUAGGUGGUUUCACAGCUAACACUUUGUCCAUGGACAUGUUUCUAAAUCUUCAUUGGGUUUGUAGAGAGUUUGUUUUGCAGGAAUAUCGGUGUAUUGCACACUAACCUCAGCUAGAAUGAAGAGCAAACAGACUUGCACUAAGAGUCAAAUCAGUGGUAAACACCGCGUGUUGGAACACCGCGUGUUGGAACAACGUACCUGCAGAUUUAUUUUGUGUUGACUGUGUUCAUUGUUACAGCUUAUUGUUUCAUAGAUCAGGACUUGUGACUACAUGCCCGCAAAUGUAAAAUGGAGAAGUCAGGAAUGCUUUCACAAUAAAUAAAUAUUCAUACGAUUUCUACUACGAAUGCAUUUUACGCUAUGACAACUGAAAAGAAAGAGUGUGGAGAAGUCUGGAGAGCCCUUUGUGUACAAAAGCAAGAUCUGUAAUAAACUCAGUUUGUUUAAAAAAAAAA